AUGAAGUCAAGCGAAAAGUUCGUUGGACACAACAGUAGUGUGGUUAAGUCAAGUAGGUCAUCUUCAAAGAGGAAUGAUUUUGAUCAGAAGAAAAAGAAAGAAGAAGAACACACUCAGCAAGUAUUUGAGGAGUUUGUCGCCACUUUUGAGGAACCUUCUAAAUCCCGAGCAUGGGUUAAAGGUGGUGUCGUUAAUCCGUCUUCAGGCACUUCAGAGGAUACGAAAGGAAGUGGCCGUAUAUAUAGACCUGUAUCAAAGUUGGAUGCCAGAAUAAAUAAAACUGAGGAACAAAAUAAAGAUCUCAAAAAAUCUACAGAAAAACCUCCAGCAAUCGGUAAGCGCAAGGGGCAAGAACAGAAAAAAUCUAAACUGGAACAAUUCAAGGAGGAGCUCAAAUUGAUUCAACAACAAAGAGAACAAAGACACGCAUUAAGACAGGGGAGAAAUCAACUCUCUACCCAAUCCGAGCUAGAUCUUUCAGAUGUUGGUAUGCGUAAUCGUGAUUAUCGAAGAAGUUCUUCAAACAAUCAGAGUGGAGACUCAGGUGCGGGUUUUCACAACACAGUUUCGACACCACCGAGCUUCUAUUCUAAACGCAGUCACAACGAUCGACAUGAUGUUGAUUACCCAUACGACUACGAUGGAGACAGAACAACAACGAAUCUUUUCCUUGGAAAUCUAAACCCAAAGAUGACUGAGCAACAACUAUGCGAGGCAUUUGGUCGUUAUGGCCCUCUUGCUAGUGUAAAAAUAAUGUGGCCUAGGACAGAAGAAGAACGUUCAAGAGGAAGAAAUUGCGGGUUCGUAGCUUUUAUGAAUAGGAAAGAUGGCGAGCGAGCUCUUGAUAAUAUCAGGGGGAAAGAACUUAUGGGAUUUGAGAUGAAAUUAGGUUGGGGGAAGAGUGUCCCUAUUCCUUUAUACCCAGUUUACAUUCCUCCAGCGUUACUUGAGUUGGUCAAGCCACCUCCUCCAAGUGGAUUACCAUUCAAUGCCCAACCCAGAGAAUGGUUGAAGUCAUUUCGUUUGGCGAUCAAAGAGCGAGCCAAACUGGUAACUGAUGGCGCAGAUGGUGAGAGUGCCCCACCACCACCAGCCCCAGACAGAAAGCCAUAUGAUAUAAACAAGAUGUCAAGUGAAGAACUAACCGAAGUUCUUCAUGAAGCAGUGGUUAAGGUCGUUAUGCCAACUGAUCGAUCCAUACUUGCUCUGAUUCAUCGCAUGAUUGAAUUUGUCGUCCUUGAAGGCCCUCAAUUUGAGGCCGCAAUAAUGCAUCGAGAAGCAAAUAAUCCUAUGUUUAAAUUUCUUUUUGAUUAUCAGUCUUCGGACCAUGUGUACUAUCGUUGGAAGUUGUGGUCUGUUCUACACGGCGAAAGUGUUACCAAAUGGCGUACAGAAGAAUUUCGAAUGUUUGAAGGUGGUCCACUUUGGCGUCCGCCUCCGGUGAAUUUAUUCUCUGGCGGCAUGCCAGAGGAUCUAGUUGAAGAAGAUGAUUAUCCUUACGCCCCAGGAUAUGUUCCACCGCCUUCUGGAAGACGGCGUGAAUCUGAGGACCUGCAAGAAGAGAUCCGUUUAGAAGCUGCUGCUGCAUCACGUCGUUGUGGUUUGACGGAGGCACAACGAGGUCGAUUCACUCAAAUGCUAGAGGAUCUUGAACCCUGUCGCAUCAAAAUAGGCGAGGUUAUGGUGUGGUGUUUGGAACACGCAGAUUCAGCUUCCGAUAUCGCUUUAUGUAUAGUUGAUUCAGUUGCUCCAAAUUCGAAUCUUAUUUCAAACCAUUCGGAAAAAGAAACAAAUUCAAUCGACGAGAAUCCUGUCUCUGACUUAAAAUCUGAUCAAGAUUCUACAGAACAUGAAAAAUCCCAGUCCAUAAGCAUAAACAAAUUGGUCGCUCGUUUGUUUUUGGCUUCUGAUAUUCUUUAUAAUUCGUCAGCUAAAGUUCCAAACGCUUCCUUCUUUCGAAAGUGUUUUGAAACUUGCUUACCAGAUAUGUUCAAAAACUUGAAUUCGCAUUAUAAGAAUGUUGAAGGCAAAAUUAAAGCUGAACAAUUGAAGCAAAAAGUUAUGCUCUGUUUCCGUGCGUGGGAAGAUUGGGCCGUAUAUCCAAAUGAAUUCCUCAUCAAAUUGCAGAAUAUAUUCUUGGGAUUGGUGUCGGAAGUUGUUGACUAUGAAGCCGAUCUGUCGGGUAUUCCAUUAAACUUGGAUGAAGAUGAUCAGAAUCAAGAUUUGUCAAAUAAAAUUGGAUUUUUAAAUCCCGAUGUUGAAGUUUUAGAAAGCCAGCCAUUAGUGCAGUAUGAUGGAGAUCCCUUAGAUGUUGAUGGCAGUCCUUUAGAUAAUGAAUACGAUCGGUCUCCUUCACCAGUCCGACCUAAAAAUUCUCAGUUCAGUGCGACUGCAGCGGACGAUGAAAUAAAACCAUCUGGGGAUACUUCUAAUCGUUUAUUUGUUCCAAGCAAGUGGGAAACUGUUGAGACUACUGAACCGGAGACAAUAACAGUCGCAAGUAUAUGGGAAUCCGCCCCUAUUUCAGAUACGAAAAAAGACCAACCUACCUCCAAGUCCACUGAUAACGUUCAAAAUACUCCUAAUCACCAUCAGAACCAGCCUAAUAGCUUGAAUCGUGGAGCUUUUCUCACUUCUGAAGCAGUUAAUGGAAUCCCACUCGAUACAAGUCGUUGGAGUAACAAUAACGUAGCAAAUAAAGUAGAUGAUGAUGUAGACGGAGAACCAUUACCUAUUUUGGGGGGACUUGUGGCGUAUGAUGAUGAAGAUGCUACUAGUCCGAUUGCUAGUGAAUCUAGUACUUCACCUGUACCAGUUUCCCAAAUUCCCUGUCCGACUCCCGUAACAUCCGCAACUCCUCAUGUUCCUUCAACUCCCACUAGUACGCCAGCAACUGCACCUGUUUCUGAAGAACGUCGUGCUAUCCUAAGAGAAGUCGAACUCAAGGUAUUAAAGUAUCAAGAUGAGUUAGAGGCAAGCCGUAAAGGUGACAAAACAAUUACAGAUGAAGCUAUAAAUAAGCAAAUUCAACGUUAUAGAGAACGACUCUUAGAAAGCCUAGUGGACAAUGAACAUUCUGUACAUAAAAAAGGACAUAAAUCUGUUCACCGUAAUAAAUCUAAACCAUCCAAAAUUACCAAAGAAAAAAGUGGUCAAUCGAAAUAUCAGUCCCGAGGUCGUGACAUGUCGUCUUCCCCCACACGAAGGAAUUCGAGGGAUCGAUCACCUCCGCGUUCCUUUCGUGAUCGUGAUCGUCCCCGCCGACGUCACACUCCUCUUUCUGGGAGCUUGGGUCCUGGAGACGGGAGUAUUUACGAUAGUCCUUCUGUCCGAAUGGACUCACGAAAUUCCAGUGAACGUCGAAGGACGUCUGCAUGUGGCUGGGAACCUGAUUCGACAGAGGAUGAAGUUGGUUACUCAACGCAUUUGGAAGAUGUGGAAGAGGGAGAAGCUACUGAAGAUGAUGAUGCGGCGGCAUUUAGUUCAAAUAAAUCUCAUCCCAUUACUCCAAAGAAAAAGCAUGCUGCACAUAAAUCGACUCGUAAACGAUAUCGUUCACGGACUCCCGACACAGUAGCAACUCAUAAUCGUCAUUCUCAUCGUUCUCGAACUCCGUCACCAUGCAAAAAAAAGAUGCAGUUGUCAGAUUCAGCCUCCAGAAGUUCAAAACGAAAAUAA